ACAUGGCACGUUUUCAGAAAUUUAAACUCUAAAAAAUUGCUCGGGCGAUGAGCGGACCGGCUUAAAAUUUAUCUAGUUUUACUUGGGUCGGCUAAGUAGCGCGUAAUCACCGACAUUAUUUUACAUUUGCUCGCGGGCUGUUCAUUAUAUUUUAUCGACCAUUAAAUCAAUGCAGUCUCCACUCUCUAUCGAAUCCGACUUUUAAACGGUCCGCGUGCUCCGAACAGACCCACGUCGAGGGAAUAAUGCAGUUAAAUAGUGUCAGAUCGACACAGCAAAAAUGGUAAAAUUUUAAGCAGUGAAAUUACAUUGUUUAAAUAGACUUGUUCAAUUAAACAAAAAAAAAAUACAUCUACAUUAAGAUAAUGUCAUGGUCUAAGAGUCAUUGAUACAAGCUAACAGACCAAAUUCAUGGAUCAGUAAUGAACAUUAAGAAUACAAACUUGUUAUCUCUAAUAAGUUAUUGCUGUCUCAGACAUGGGAAGCGAGCACUACUGUCUACGGUGGAACAAUCAUCAGAACAACUUGUUGGGCGUAUUCAGUCAACUGCUCCAAGAAGAGUCCCUCGUGGACGUGACUCUUGCCUGUUCGGAAGAAGGUCGCUUGAUCCGCGCACACAAAGUAGUGUUGUCUGCUUGUAGCGCUUACUUUAAGGCACUGUUCUUAGACCAUCCGACUCGGCAUCCUAUUGUAGUGCUCAAAGACGUCCAGUUUGCCGAACUACGUGACCUUGUCGAGUUUAUGUACCGGGGCGAAGUGAACGUUGAACACAGACAAUUGUCCACGCUGUUGAAGACGGCUGAGAGCCUCAAGGUAAAGGGGCUGGCCGACAUGGCUCGCCCCAGCGACACAGACGACACCGUAGGCGAUCACGUUGAAAUGAUGCCGGCCGACCGUGACGACGAACCCCAAGACCUGAGGCCUAGGAGAAGCAGGUGCCGGACACCGGUACAGCCAGAAAGCCGAACACCGUCUCCUCCUCCCACCGAAAGCGACGACAACUUGUCCAUGCAAAGCGAACCUAGCGAUAUGACCGUCGACCGAAAAGAGCGUACAGCUUCUCCUCCCGGUCUCGAUUUAACACAAGUUCAGCAAGUACCAUUAUUCUUGAAAAAAGAAGCUGACUGUGACAAGACUGACGACAAAAGCACUCAGGGCGAAAGUUCAUCAGAGUAUCGAAACAUACCUGACCCGGAAGUGUGUUUGGUGGAAGGCGUUUUCAACACUUUGGCUGCUUACAGGUCACAUGUGUCUGUUUUACAACAAGGAUUCUCUUCGGCGUUCAGCCGGUUUUCAGCGUCCUUGCCGCCUGUUUAUAAUCCCGAAACAUCCGUGUCGUUGUAUUCGGUACUCCAACAACAAGGUUUGAUUGGCCCAUCCGUCAGCUCCAGCGACGAAGUGGCCAGCCGUUGUUUGAUCAGGUGUGCCAUUUGUUUGGCGGGUUUUCCAUCCACGUGGUUGCUGGAACAGCACACUGCUCUUCAGCAUACCGGACAACCGGUACGCGGUCAUGGAGGCGAUGGAGGUGACGAGAAACCGUUCCAGUGCGAACAAUGUGGUCAAAAUUACCGUUAUCGAUCGGCGUAUCUAAAGCACCGCGAACAAAAUCAUCGGGCUCGUUUACCAGCCGAUAAGUUAUUCACGUGUGAUAUAUGUGGAAUGCAAUUCAGGUAUCUCAAAUCGUUCAAAAAACACCGACUGAACCAUGCGCUAGAAAGGUUACAUCGUGAUGCGUCAGUGCUCGGAGGUGAUGAGACUCGGGAUUUGCCGGCCGCGACCACGCGAACAGCAGUUACUGCGGCCGAUACCCAAGUGACCAGCACGAACGAAGUUGUGUCCGUUGAAGCGGCACAAUCUUCGGUGGUCGUUACCCCAGAGACAAAGUCUGAAAGCAGUAAGGUACCAUCAACGCCAUCGUUAUCGCCGCCGCCACCACCACCUCCACCGCCACCACCACCGCCGCCACCUACACCAUUUUCACAGCCAACACCGUCAUCGCCGUCCAGCGGGAUGCUCAAACCAAACACGCAGCGUACGGCUGCGACGGUUGGAUCAGGUGCCGUUACGCCAAACGGUAACAAUACCAAGUCUUUCGCGUGUCCGUUUUGUGGUAAAUGCGUACGGUCCAAAGAGAACCUGAAAUUACACGUUCGCAAACAUACUGGUGAACGGCCGUUCGCGUGCCUGUUCUGUGGACGCGCGUUCGGUGGCAAGAGCGACCUAACGAGGCAUUUACGCAUUCACACCGGCGAAAGGCCGUACCAUUGUGAGAUGUGCGGCAAGUGUUUCGCCAGAGCAGAUUACCUGUCCAAACACUUGACUACGCACAUACACAACAACCACCAACGUUGAACAAUCAACAUGGUAAUGGUUCAAAUGGUCUCUUCGGGUUAUUAUUAUUAUUUUUUUUAUCUCUUAAUCCUAAUAUUAUAAUCUAUUUGUCGUUUUUCUCUCUUGACGUCACGCCACGUGACUGUUGGAAACGAUUUUGGUUCCUUGGAAAGCUCAAUUUUACGUUAAUGUAUUUGAACAAAGAUUUUUGUACAUUAUAAUCUCUUCUUUAUCGCGGACAUUUCUUUGGAAAAAGUAACCAUAGUUGGUACUUAAUUUGUUUUUAUACUGAAAGACGGAAACGUGUACGGUCUGCUGUCCUUUUGAACCAUUGUCAUGGGGAUAAUUAGUAGAUUGUAAGUUUUCAGUAAAUAAUUAUGUAACGGCCUGAUGUUUAAAUCGUAACCGACUCAAUUGGAAACGUGUGGGAAAAAAAUACACUUUAAAUUUAAGUAUAAUUAUAUACUCUCUAGUCAUAUAAAUUAACUUUUAUAUUUCCUUUGAAAAAAAUCAAAAUUUUUGUUUUGUUUUUGUGAUUGGACGAACGUAUAUUAUUAUAUUAUGAUAAAUUUCGAUACAAUAACGUCGUCUUACAACCAUAUUGAAAACAUUUAAAUGUUUUUUUUUUUUUAAGUUUUGUUACUUAUAAUUUAUUCACGAUUGGUUUUUUUUAAUUUUAACUUUAUUUUGCAAUUUUAAUGUGAUAAUAUAAAACAAAACCAGUAUGUGAUAGUCAAUGAGAAUGUUUGAGUUGAAAUAAGUACAGGCGUUAAAAUAUAUUAGUAUUAAAACUAUUUCCAAACAUUCGAAAUGCUUUGUUAUAUAUUGAUACCAUUUUUUGUUUUUAAUCGGAGAGCUUAGUUUUAGUUGUUUAUUGAUUAAGUCGUUUAAUUUUCUAUUUUAUUUAUACUCGUAUAUAUGUAUUUAUUUAUAAUAGUCGAAUAUGCAUGUAUUUAUCUUGAAAAUAUUGUUAAAGAAUUGACAUGUGAUUGUAUAACUGUGAUAGAAACGGAAGGAAAGUGAUAUAAAAAUGAUACAAAUGAAAAGCUAGGUUUUAGGUAGAUGUAUAUUAUAAAAAGUAUAUUAAGGGUUGUGAUAUUGUUAAGGUAAUGUAAGUUGGAGGCGGGAUCAGGUAGUAAAAUAACGAAAGGACGUGUUGCUAGAUUGAGUUAGAAAAAGUAUAGACAACGAAAAUAGUAACUGUUUUUAAUCAAUUCAUUGUCGUGCAAACUAAGAAUCAGACUGAUAGAGGAUUUCGACCAAAAACAGCGUGGCGUAAGUGGUGAGAAUUACAACACAAAGCAUCGUAUGCACAUUAGUACUAACAAAACGUAUAAGAUAAAUAUUUUGCUCAAAACAGUAUUAAGGCAAAAGUCACAGUACACAAAUAUUAACACUACAAACAUUGUAUUUUAAUUAUUACACAGCGUACCUAUUCAAGAUAAUUAGCAAGUUAAAACUCGUAACUAUAAUAGUACAACUUUUUCAUAACGUUUGAUUAAGCCUAUUUACAGCUCUACCUCAUGUUUAUAUACAGUACGGUACUUCACAAAUAUUUGUAACAAAAGUACAAAAUAGCCAAUUUUUUUUGUUAAUUAUUCUAAUUAAUUUGGUAUUUUUACGUUUAACCUUAAUAACCUCUGUUUUGUUUUAAGUAAAUAUUAUGUUGUAUUAUUUUCUCUGUGUUAACUUCAGUUUUAUUAUUAUUUGUUUUUGAAAAUAUUGUACGACAAUAUGUGUAUAUCUUUUUUGUUAUAUAAACACAUUUAAUAUUCUGUAAAUUUCGUCAAACAAAUUCACGGCUAUAAUAAAAUAAUAUAUAUAUUGUAGACAAAAAAUAUAGUUAAUAUUAAAGUAUAAUGAUGUGCUAUACAAUUUACAAACAUAAUAGUAAUAUAUGAUACUAUACCUUAAGCUUUGUUUUAUACAUACGUAAUAUAAUAAUAAAAUUAAUUUAGUCAUUCGAAGAUUGCGUUUGUUGUUGCGGUUAAGCGUUUUUCUGUACAAUUACACAUUUUUUUACAUCACUCGCUAAUAACAAUGUAUAAUGAUAUUAUAAUACUAUAGACAAUUGUUUAGGGACAGCGCAACGUUAAUUAAGAUAGUAAACAUAUACCUAUUUGUAGUCGAGUGUGUAUUUCUACAACUCUAUAUUAUACUCGCUGUGUUUUGUACAACUUCCUUUUAGUUUGUAUUCAAUUAAACCCCAGUGAUAAUACUAUUAUUGCUUGUUAACAACCUUAAUUUUGUUUACUCUUGUAAAAACUAUGAAUCUGUAUCCCUUACAGUAUUUCGUCGUGUAUUUUGAGUACAUCAAAUUCAUGUCAUAAUGAGAACAAAUUAAAAUUUAAACAAAUUACUUUCUUACCGUUGCUCUUUAGAUGACAAUAGUCACACGUAGAUUAAGUACAUAGUGCGACAUUUUACACAAGAGAGGUCUCUUCAACGGAUUUUCAAAAUAUCCUGAGGGUCUUUUGUAAUUUAUUUACAUAGUUGUAAAAUAAUUUGAUAACUUUUUCAGGAGUAAAUAAUUAUAUAAUUUUAUCAUUACUCGAAAGGAAAGGGUUGUUUUUUACAAUAUACAGGGCUUAAUAACUCAAUAAAUGUAUGGGAUAAAAUAAAUUUUUGCUCAAAUUAGAGCCGUUUUAUACAUAAAUUUAUAUUUGUUUACAUAUUUUAUCAUUGUAAUUUUGCACUCUGAUUAUUAAUUAUACAUUUUUUUAUUGUUAUAACUUUUGAAAACUCAAUCCGGGUUUUGAUAAACUAGUUAAACUGUCGAGUAGCUAAUUAAUGUUGCUGUUAAGCACUCAGUAGGUAACCUUACCUACUACUUGUAUCGUUUUUAAUACGUUGAUUUAGCGAAGCCAUAAGUUCAAUUCAGUACAAUUUUGUUUCACAUUCAAUUCCUAUAAAUACAAUUUAUACAUCGAUAAUGAUGAUUUUCUAGAAUUGUACAAAAUGUUACGAUAUUAUUAACAUUUAAUACGGAGGAAAUGUCGAGGGUAUUAGCAAAUUUUAUUUUUUACGGCCAAACCAAAUAGUUGCCGAAAUAUUUUUUGGGAUACGUACCAACUAUAUGGUUAUUAUUGAUAACAAAUAAUAAUAUUUACAAUUAAAUCGAUAAUAAUUAUGAAAAGAAACGAUUACCAUUGUAUUUGGCAAAUAUAAACAUUUUUAUUUUUUAACUAUAAGAUGUCGUUGACUGUAUGCUCAUAUAUAAAUAAUUAUGAUUACUAUUAAAUAAAAUUAGGGAUAAUAUAACUAUCUACUUACAGUUAAAUAUAUAAUAAUUAUAUUAAGUUCUUUUUCUUGUUUAACAAGCAAAUUUCAAUUGAUUUGUACACACUAUAUGAUGUAACAAAAUUACGUCUUGAUUAAUAAAUUAUAAUAAACAAUUGUUUUUGUAUCCAUAAAAUAACUGUAAACAAUUUAUUUGUGAAAUGGAUUGUAUUUAUACUUUUAGAAAAUUUAGUGAUUGGAAAAGUAAAAUAUGUCGAUUGUAUGCAUAACAUAAUUAAACUUGUUCUUAUGAGACUGUCUGCAGAUAUGAAAAAUAAAGUGAUUAGGUACCUAUGUAAUUA